AUGCAUCGUGAAAGCCUCAGUGAAGAUAUUCUAAGACAAGCACGUGCAAGCGAUCCGAGUCAGGAAUAUUCGGAUGACAUUUUCAAUGAAGCUUUAAUAUUAAUGGAGGACUUAUGCAUGUCAAUCAACAACAAAGCUCUUUGUCAACUCGGUAUGCCAGCACCGACACGAGAUAGAAAUGCUGUACAAGACAGAGACUUGAUGCGAGAACAGCAGUUUGAUGCAAAUCAGCUUGAACGAUUUGUGCAAACGCAAAAGGAGUUUUUAGUUGCUGAUCAGAAAAAAGCUUAUGACAAAAUCAUGCAACGUGUAACCAAAGGAGAUGGCGGAAUUAUCUUCCUAGAUGCUCCAGGAGUUACCGGGAAAACUUUCCUCAUCAAUUUAAUAUUGGCGUCAGUUCGAAUGCGAAAUGGGAUUGCAGUAGCAGUAGCAUCAUCGGGGAUUGCAUCAACACUACUUGAUGGAGGACGUACAGCGUAUUCAGCACUUAAGCUUCCAUUGAAUUUGCACCAGACCGAAACACCUACAUGCAACAUCAGCAAAAACUCUGGUAUGGCCAUAGUCCUUAAAUCGUGCAAAAUUAUAAUUUGGGACGAAUGCACCAUGGCACAUAAGAAAUCGCUCGAAGCACUUGACCGAACUCUGCGAGAUUUUCGUGGAAAAGACCAACCGAUGGGAGGCGCUCUUAUACUUCUUGCAGGUGAUUUUCGUCAAACAUUACCCGUUAUACCACGAUCAACGCCUGCAGACGAGCUGAACGCGUGCUUAAAGGCAUCGCAUCUGUGGAACUAUGUCGAAAAAAUUACGCUCACAACAAAUAUGCGAGUGCAUUUGCUGCAAGAUACGUCUGCCCAAAUAUUUUCAAAGCAACUUUUAGAUAUCGGAAACGGUAAAGUUCAUAUUGAUCGCACAACAAAUGAGAUAUCAUUUCCGUCCAACUUUUGUCAAAUGCAGCAGAGCAUUCAAGACGUCAUCGACAGAGUAUUUCCGAACUUAACGAUCAACUACCGAAAUCCGGAAUGGCUCCGCGAACGUGCAAUUUUAGCUCCGAAGAACGAUGAUGUUAGUAAAUUAAACGGUCAAAUUCAAUUGAAAAUUCCAGGAGAAGCAGUCGAAUAUAAAUCGAUUGAUACAGUAAUGGACAAAGAUCAAGCUGUUAAUUACCCAACUGAAUUUCCCGGGACUCGGGAUUCACAUUGA